UAAUAAUGACAUAUCCGAAUACUUUCUAUGUAUGUCGGGUGUGCGUCAAGGAGAAAACCUUUCACCAUUACUGUUUUCAAUAUACUUAAAUGAUUUAGAAUCACAUCCCAUAUCACAUGACUGUGAUGGUGUUAAAGUAGAAUAUGUCGGUGAUAAUGGAAUAUUAUGUGCACAAUUAUUUCUUCUUCUAUAAGCAGAAGAUACUGUGUUAUUCGGACAAAACCCACUUUCUUUACAAUAUACUCUACAACAUGGAAACUGACUGUUAACAUAGAUAAAACAAAAAUUGUAAUUUUCGGUUCAGGUGUAGCAAGAAAAACGAAAUUAUCAUUUUAUUUUGGAGAUCAAGAACUCGAAAUCGUUGGUAUAAAUGUCUAGGUAUUCAAUUGAACAAAAACAUAAGAUUUAUCUAUGCUAUUAAAAGUUUAACUGCUACAAAAGCAUUUUUCGGGGGUUUUUCGUUUGGAGAGAGGAGCAGUGACAGUAGUGACUGGUAUCUGAUGGGUGCAAACAGGUGUCGAGUGGCUGUCUCAGAUGUCUCUAAUUUCGUAGCUCUAAAAAUCACGACGGCGAUAGAGACCGUGAUGUAGUUUGUCUCACAUUCCCUGAACCAUACAAGUAGAGAUUGCUGCAGAGUGUUAUAGUGCGCAAACUUGCUUAAUAAUUCAUAUCAAAAUAUAAAAAUAAUAUUCAAAAUUUAUAAAAUUAACUCACGUAUCUUUACAGUCAAAUCUCGGACAUCUCACAUACAUGGCAGUAACUCACUAAGGUUGUAAAAGCACGCCGCAAGACAUAAGUUAGACAAUAGAUGUCCGCUCGCAUUACAGUCACCGGCUGCGUGUCAAUUCCAGAUUGACACGCUGACCAAUAACAGUAAUCCCCGUGACAAGUCGGCGGUCAGUCUAAAAUGCCGACGGCUCAACUAAAACGCCAUGCUUUGUUUUUUUUAUUACCUUAUCCACAAUAGGUAGACAAUUAGUUAGGUAAUCUAUGAGAAUAUUGUAUCAACCCGGAACAACACAUGAAAUAGCAAAGGAAGUAAUUGUGACAAUAAAAUAAAAUAAUGUUUUCAAAACUAAACCAAUCAGAGUUUGCUAUGCGUCCCUCCACUAUAUAAGUAGGUGCAGGUUGACUACCAAGUCACACUGCACCUGAAUAAAUCUUGGAACGCUAGCAGCUCUGAUGUCAUCAUUUAUUCUCAAUUCUUCCAUUCUAUUUUAAGGAAAAAUUACCGUGAGACAGCACGUUCUCAGCUAGUGGAGAAUCAAAAGAUCCCAACCUUCAAAUGCGUGGCCAAAACAGAGGAGCUACUCCUACAGUGUUCCCCUACGGCCGGCGGACUACCCGUUCAAGCUCGGAAGGUGAAGACUCUACCCCAGCAAAUCCCCCAACCAUCCCCAUCAACGUUGAAGUUGCAGAUCUUCCUCGUGAACCAGACAACCAAGCUCCUACAAUGCCUACACUCCCUAUCUUCCUCGCUAAGUUCUCUGGUGGUUCCGGAGAGAGUUUUAAAGUAUGGGUACAGAGGCUAAAGGCAACAAUUAAAGCCAACAAAUUAGAUGACCUCAAUCAGAAACUACUUCUCCAUUCACAUUUGGAUGGCGAAGCAAAAGUGUUUUUUGACUCUCUCUCAGAAGACUUCGAGGGUACCCCUUUAACAGACUUCCUACAACUACUGGAAAACAGGUUUUCAACAUCAAAAUACUUUGAUACAUCAAUACUUGAGGUACAACAGGGAAAGACGGAAACAGUGGAUCAGUACCUCGACAGAGUCCAAAGACGCAUUCUGGGAGUCCAUAUCCAAAAGGACAUCCUUGUAUCCUACGUCAUUAAAGGCCUGUAUCCUUCAUACCAUCUGUGGGUGAGAGGUAAAGAUCCUCAAUCCCUGGACGAGAUUCGACAACAUGCUAAGUUUGUCGAACAACACCACACCAUAACCCCACCAGGAGCCUCUAAAGAAGAAGUGGAUAAUAUAGUGGUUUCAGCACUGGCAGUCCAUACAUAUCAACAGGACCGAUUAAACGAGCAACAAAAGCAUAAACAGUAUCACCUAUCUUCCCAAGGGCAGUACUACCGUCAAUACCAACCAUUCCCCCAAGAACAGGCCUACCAUCGCCAGUAUGACCAACGACAUCCCCUACAGUCAUCCUACAAUCAACGUCCCCAACAACAACGACGCCCACAGCUACCUUCCCAUCAAUGGCAAAAAGAACGCCCAGACUUCCAGGACAAGAGAGGCAACAGGCGAUAUAACAACAAACAGAUUGGACGCGAUGAUAGCUCCUGCGGUAAUUGUGGUAAGGUUGAAAAAUGUGUUCCCCAAAACACAUGCCCCUAUUAUAACUUUGUUUGUCAAAUGUGUAACGCGCAAGGCCAUCCCACCAAACUUUGUCCUAAGCAUAAUAACCAAUAG